CGCGCGUGCCCGCCAGGGCUUACACACGGUCCGCGUGUCUCCAUCUGAUCCGAGAGCUGCUCCAUGACACGCCCCUCAGAGAGAGAGAGAGGAGUGUGUGCGCCUCCCUCUCUCUCUCUCUGUGUGAGAGCGAGCCUCCUCAGCGCAGCGUCGAGUCUGUCCUCGCUGCUCCUCGCGCUGCUCCUCGCGCUCAGCUCUCGGGAUCAGGGGGACCGUUGGCGGACAGAGCAUGCGUGGCGGCCGCGUGUGUGCGCGUGGAGCGGGUCCGAGCGGCGAAUCAAAGAGGAGAGCGACGCUCUGAGACUUUUUCCCACUUUAAAGCGUUUCUGUACACGCGCGGCACACGUGGACGUCCGUGACCCCGCCGCGUGGCUCCGGUGCGUACGGCCCGUUCUUCGGGCUCCCCGGCUGCCCCCCUCCCCCGCAUGUCCUCCCGCGGCUCGGCCUGACCCCUCUCUGAGCGCGCGCACGGCUCUGGGAGCAGCAUGGCGGCGGGAGUGGCCGCGUGGCUGCCGUUCGCACGCGCGGCGGCUAUUGGCUGGAUGCCGGUGGCCAGCGCGCCCAUGCCGUUGCCGCCACAGGAGAAGCGGCGCACGAAGGACGGGCUGCUGGUGCUAAACGUGAGCGGCACGAGGUUCCAGACAUGGCGGGACACGCUGGAGCGCUACCCGGACACCCUGCUGGGCAGCACAGAGCGAGACUUCUUCUUCCACGAGGAGACCAACGAGUUCUUCUUUGACCGUGACCCGGACAUCUUCCGUCACAUCCUCAACUUUUACCGAACUGGGAAGCUGCACUACCCCCGGCAGGAGUGCAUUGCGGCGUAUGACGAGGAGCUGGCGUUCUUCGGCAUCGUCCCUGAGAUCAUCGGGGACUGCUGCUACGAGGACUACAAGGACCGGCGGCGCGAGAACCAGGAGCGCAUCCAGGACGAUGAGGACAUCGAGCAGUCCAAUGAGCCGGUGCCCGUGGACAUGAGCUUCCGGGAGAGCAUGUGGCGCGCCUUCGAGAACCCGCACACAUCCACCAUGGCUCUGGUAUUCUACUAUGUCACUGGGUUCUUCAUCGCAGUGUCGGUGCUCGCCAAUGUGGUGGAGACGGUCCCGUGUGGCACCGCGCCCAACCGUGUCAAGGUGAUGUCGUGCGGUGAGCGGUACGAGCUGGCCUUCUUCUGCCUGGACACCGCAUGCGUCAUGAUCUUCACCGUGGAGUACCUGCUCCGCCUGCUGGCCGCUCCCAGUCGCUACAAGUUUGUGAAGAGCGUGAUGAGCAUCAUCGACGUGGUGGCUAUCAUGCCGUACUACAUUGGCCUGGUCAUGACCGACAACGAGGACGUGAGUGGUGCCUUCGUCACACUACGCGUUUUCCGGGUGUUUCGGAUUUUCAAGUUCUCGCGGCACUCUGCGGGACUUCGCAUCCUGGGCUACACGCUGAAGAGCUGCGCCUCGGAACUCGGCUUCCUGCUCUUCUCGCUCACCAUGGCCAUCAUCAUCUUCGCCACUGUCAUGUUCUACGCCGAGAAGGGCAUGUCUGGGAGCAAGUUCACCAGCAUCCCUGCAGCUUUCUGGUACACCAUCGUGACCAUGACGACGCUGGGAUAUGGUGACAUGGUACCAAAGACCAUUAUGGGGAAGAUCUUUGGUUCCAUCUGCUCUUUGAGUGGCGUGUUGGUCAUCGCCCUGCCGGUCCCCGUCAUCGUGUCCAACUUCAGCCGAAUCUACCACCAGAGCCAGCGAGCCGAGAAGAGAAGAGCGCAAAAGAAAACCAGGCUUGCUAGAAUUCGGGCAGUGAAGAGUGGAGGCGCUAACGCUUAUUUGCAGUACAAACACAGCCGGCUGAUGAUUGACCCUGAGGAGGAGGCGUCCAAAGAAGCAGGACAGGCGCUGGUGUGUAAGGCCAACCCUAACUUCGAGGUGCAUCAUCAUCAUCUCUUGAACUGCCUGGAAAAGACCACGAAUCACGAGUUUGUAGAUGAGAAGACGUAUGAGGCGAGCUGCAAGGAUGUUACGCUGCUGAAGCAGGUUUCUUGCUCUUCCUCCAUCUCCUCCUCUUCAACUCAUGGCCUCAGCUCCUGCUGUGGCCGCAGGAAGAGGAAGACCUUCAACGUCCCAAACUCCAACAUGUCUGUGGGUCUGCAGGGCAGUCUCCAGGAGCUGAGCACCAUCCAGAUCAGGGAGCGACCGCUUACCAACAGUCGUUCCAGUCGAUCCAGUCUCAAUGCCAAAUUUGAAGAGACGGUUCCUCUAAACUGUGACCAACCCUACAUCACCUCCGCUAUCAUCAGCAUGCCCACGCCACCUGGCACCACCCCUGAAGGUGAUGAAUCUACCAGCUCCACUGACUACUCCCAGGCCAACAUUGUGCGGGUGUCUGCGCUUUAGGCCCCAAAAAGACUCUCCCACACAGCCACCCACUGCGCUGGAAGACGGCGGGCGUUGGCGGUCUACAGCUUGAACCACAACAGACUCAGAGUAGGCUUUGGUAGCUGCAUCAUGUGUCCAUAAUGGAAGUGAUGGGUUAACUUAAAUGCUUCAGACCUGCCGUGGAGAAGCAGGUCUACAGGUCACACUAAAACUGACUCUGAUUUGGACUGCAGUUGUUUAUUGUUCUCUCUUUUUCUUCUGGGAGGAUUUUUCCGCUGGUAAAAUAGUAGCAGCCUGAUUGAAGGUGGAUCUCUGCUUCUUUCUGAGAGGUCAUCACCACCACCAACGUAUCUUUGUCCUGAAUGGUGGCUUAGCAAGGCAGCGCAAUGAGAAUUGGAUCAUUCUGAAAUAUGUUUAGCACAAAGACUGGCAGCUGGGGUCAACGCUUCACAUUCAUUAUAUGUUGUAUCCUCUCAGUCAGUUACUAGUCCAUGUAGCUGCAUUUGACUUUCUGGAGCUGGACUUUAGGAUCAGAAGCUCAAUCUGAGCUAACCAGACUUGUGUUUUAAUCAAGCUUUAACCUUUUAAAUUACCUGCAUUGCUUUCGUAUUAGGUCUACCGUACUCCUUUGAAAGAUAAUGUAGAAAAUACAUAAGGCAUCAGACACAUAUUCAGCUUUUAGUUUAAGCUCAGAGGUCCUCAGCUGAUUUUAUCUUUAUCUCCAAUCACUGGAAUUCACUUAGCUGGGCUUGGAGUCUUUGUUCUAAGUUAGACUAAACCUGUCCCAGUAGAAACCAGGAUGAGACGGAUGGCGACGGAGGGUUUAUCUUCACACUGUCACACUUCUGAACCUGACAGACCCUCUGUGUUUGUAGAAAAUGUUCUGAGGACAUGUUGAAGGUUGGGACUCGCCAUUUGUUUUGCAGUCUUCUGCGUCUCUUUUAUAAGUACAUAUUUAUCCUGGGUGGAGGCUGUUUGUCGUUGAAGACUUUAGCGUUUGUCCUAUUAUGGGUGGGACAUGUUUAACUCCUGCACCAUCAAUGUGGUGAAAACUCAGCAGCAGAUAUUUACAGCCUGCACCCAGUGAUGAAAUAUAUCAUGUAAAUUCAUUAUUAUCAUUAUUAUUAUCAUGUUAUUUUCUUUCAAUCAUCAUCAUAAUUUUUGUUAUUAUUAUUUAUGAGUGGUGGUGAAUGGGAAAGGUUAUCUUGAGGUGUAAGUGCUUAAACAGUGAAAUUAUCUGGGGUUUUUUUUUUAAAUUUCAUUUCAUGGAUUUUAUUUGUUAGAUUUUUAAUUAUCUUUUUAAUCUUGUUUUCAUUUUUUGAAAUAAUGAUAUAUUUCCUUUUACCCCACGUCAGUAGUUUGUGAUCUGCUGGCUACAGCCCUGAACAUGUGAGUGCCCCACGACGUGUUAGCCACAAACAGUGGGCGGGGCUUUUCUUCUAAAAACAUGUGGACGAUUUGUAUUUGCAGCCGUCUGAAGAAGAAGACGAUGAGGAAAACAGUGAGCAUGCUCAGUAUCUGUGUGUUCCUGUCCACGGACCCGUGUGUUUCCAUGAAAGCCAGGACGCUCCUCUGCAUGCACAUCUGGCUGGUGGUGUGAGCAGUUCGGGUUCUAGUACUUAUUCUGUAAAUAUGAGUUUUCUAGCUGACCUUUCUGACUGCCUUCCUCUCUGCUGUACAGAAACACCAAACCGCCAUCGUGCAAAUGUUGAUGUCAAUUUGUGAUAAGAGAAUCUUUCUGUUGUUGCACUGGGUCUGGCAGUGAUGUGUAUUGUAAUGCUUGCAGACUGAUUUGAUGCACUUGUUGCCUGAUGUUUUGUUUCUCAGUGUUCACCUGUGUGUUGGGUUAGGUGACAGGACACAGAUUUACAGCACUGACUCUGAGCUGACAGCUGGAACCACAGUUUAAACAGAAAAUGGGCAAACUCCCAGUUACCCACAAAAACAACCACAACAAAAAAAAAGUGCUUUGUUUUUUGCUGUUGGCAACUUUUUGGUUAAAGAUUUUAACAAGUACUGUUUAUCUAAAGUACAAACUAACAGAUCCCAUUGUUUGAUGUAAAAAUUACCAAAAAAGUCAUUUUGUAGUUCGGAAAGAAGAGCAAUGAGUAUAAAAUCCAGUGUUAGCUGCCUGUGUGGCUUUCACAUGCUUAUCUCACAGAAACAUGUGAAAUUUGUUGCCUGAAUCACAUUAAAUGGAGACUGAAGUAAAAAAAUUCAACCAAACAUCCAGAAAUCAUCUUUGAUCAGUCUUUUGGUCUCCCUCUUCUGAGUACCGGCAUGGUCACACUGACAGCCUGAAAGCUGCAUUUCCUGAAAUGUCCAGCAGGCAGCAGUGAGUCAGUACCCACAGACUUGCAUGUUAAAACUUUACAGCAGAAAUAAACAUGUUUACAGCCUGAUACGCAAACUGUUUGUCUCUGUAGAUAUUUCCCCCUUCAUUACACCUGUAUGUGGAGAAAAUGUUUUCAUAACUCACCUGCUUAAACUGUAUUAAACAGGUGAGUUAUAGAGUGUAUAAUUAGGGGUGUGGCCUCUCUCACUGACAUGCAAAUGGCAACACACAUGUAUACUAGGUUUCACCUCAGCUAACUGGAGUCCCUGAUCUGGACCUCUGGACCGUGUUUGUGCUGUUGGAGCCUUUUGGAGCAUUUUUAAUGACAUCAUGUGACGAAUAACAGGGCUUCUAUGAGGUUACUGUACUAACAGACGGUCCAGGAAGGUGGAGCUUCAGUUCUGGUGAAAUUCUAGGAUUUUAUCUGGAAUGUUCUGAGAACUACUUAACAGGUAUCCGUGUCUGUGUAAUGCUCCUCUACAGUCUGUGGAUGCAGACUUAUCAUUAGUUGAUAACUUAGAACCAACAUAGUGACCAAAUACAAUCACUCCUGGAACCAAAAAAAACAACAUGACAGCAGCUAAAAUGCUAACAUGAUAUGUCAGUCCACUGAUGGAUGAUCUCAUACUUCCAUGACAGUCUUUGGGUUUUCUUGUAUCGACACAUCAGCAACAUCAAAGCUCACACGUGCUAUCAACAUAGUUGCAACAUCUUUAAGGUUUUAAAAAAAUUAUUUUCACAUGUUUCUGUGAGGUCAAGUUGGAUUAAGUUUAUUUCUCAAAAACGCUGAAUCAAUAAGAAAAAAGGGAGAAUAAGAAAACAUUUCCUGUCUUCUGGAAUAUUUUUUAGAGCACUCCAGAUUUUUUUAUUUGUCUGUCUCUAUCAAUAAUAAUUUAUUGUUAUUAUCUACUUCAAAAACCUUCAUGAUGUCACACUGUGUGGUUUUAAAGGUUUAAAAAGGGUUUAGGGUUCAUUUCAUUAAUGAGUUCUUAGGUUCAGAGUGGUGUUGCUGUCUGCUGGGACCCUGAUGAAUGUUGAAUAUCUGCUUGUAGAUUUUGGUAUAAAAAAAAAAGUUCUUUGAAUCUAUGUGACUCAUGAUGUGCCGUACACACCAAGUCUUAAAGCCUCAUCAUUGCAGAGGUGAAAGACCAUCGGUUUGUUCCCGUUUUGAUACAAAGAAAACAAUUUUCUUACGAAACAAACUGAAACCUCUCAUCUUUCUUCGGGGAAAAAUUUCUCUCUCUGGCUGAAUUUUAAGGAUGUGUUGACAUGUUGGAUUUUUCAUUUCUACGCCAUGUAUGGAAUAAAAAAAACAUAUAAGAGCACAGAAGACCACAUUUUUUUCUUGCUCCUCCAGCAGUAAAGAGCAGCUGGUUUCGGGUUCUUACUGUCAAAGCUUGACUUGUUUGACUCGUCAGAAUGAGGAUCCAAAUGGCCAGCCCUGCUAGCAGCACCUUUAUAACUUUACUCAUCCAUGUCUGCUCGAGUUUAAUGUGACUUAUGCAAGUGACUUCUCUAUGCUUUCCUUUGUUUUGUAAGGACAACCUGUGCUUUGUAUUUAGGGUGCAGGGAACGGGCUGAGGGGGAAAGGAUGAACAUAUUUUUGAGGAAUUUAUUAUUAUAAGUGUUAAUAGUGCACAUGUGUUGUAACUGUUCGUGUAAUUUCUUAUUUUUAAAAUUAUUUCCAUGAGAGUUUGUAUUGUUGUAUGUUCAAUUAACAUCCCAUGAUAUUUUUCUAAAGUCGUUAGAACAUGCAUGCAUUUGGAGCAGAGAUGAAGUGAUAAAAGAAAGUGUAAAAAUUACAGUCAUUUAUGACAACUAUCACUUUUGUUUGUUACAGCUUGUGUUCAUUGAAGAUAAUAUCUAAAAAAAAAAAACAACAACCAGAAGCUCAUGGUUUUAGUCCGGUGCCGUGUCUGAGUAAACAGAAUAAAAACAUUGUCCUAUUCAAACA